CGAUAAUAGUGCUGCACCAGGAGAAAGACGCUCCGGAGAGGCUGUGAGCGAAACACAUUUAAUAUAAAAUCAGCAAUAAGCGGAAUCCUGAGGCAACUUGGCGGCAUUAACCUGGUCCUCCCUCAGCUAUAUGUGCGAGAGGAGAUGGAGAGCUGCAGCACAGUUAAUAAAUUGCAUUUUUCGGCUUUGGAGAUGCUGAACUGACAUCAUCAUCGGCGUGAAAAAGAAGAAGAAACCGAGUUUGUGCGCCCGCUGCCAGCGAGUGACGUGACGAUGUGGGGAGAAAUCGAACCUGUAACCCGACCUCGGAAGUCCAAACCAGAGGGAAAUCGUGAGGCUCUUUGUGUCCCUGCUCCAUCCCAGUGGUACCCUGCCAGUGAGCGUCCCGCCGACCGUUCCAGCGGUUUCCAUGGUGACCGCCACAGCAGCCCCCCUAGCGACCGCUCCGGCGACGGUCUCGGCGACCGCUCCGGCAACGGUCUCGGCGACCGCUCCGGCGACGGUCUCGGCGACUGCCCCGGCGACCUCCUCGCCAUGAUCGAGGCGGUGGCGGUGAGCGAGAGCCCGGUGAAGAGCCAGCAGCUCGGCGAACCGGACCUCACCCUGGGGGAACGCAGGGCGCUGCUGUUGCAGCAGUACCGCACCAAGCCGCUCGUCUUCCUGGAACGCUACCAGGCCCACCUGAAGCCCGAGCACCUGGGGGCGUUCUCGCACCUGAGCGACGACUGCCGCGUGCAGCACUACGGCCAGGAGGUGCGCAGGAGGGCGUCCAGCCAGACCAGCAAGACCCGGGUCAAGAACCAGCGCUACGCGGCGCUUCGGGCUCUGCAGCAGGAGGGGCAGUACUUCAGCGAGGAGCAGAUGAGGCUGCGAGAGCCGCUGCUCUAUGAGCAGUACAUUGGCCAGUACCUGAGCGAGGAGGAGCUGGUCAAGCGCUCCGAGGAGCUCCUGCAGGGUGGCACCGGCGGGCUUGCCGACCUCCUCAUCAACUCGUACCAGGAGCGCCUGCUGCAGAACCGCCUGCUGGAGCAGCAGGAGAGAGAGGACGCCGCCCAGGAGGAGACGGAGGAUGAGGAGGAGGAGGAGGAGGACGACGACGAGGCGCGUGGCCCUGAGGGGCCCGAGUGGGAACCCAGCGCCGAGGAAAAGGCCCUACUGAGGGACGAGUUUGUCAGCCAGAUGCACCGGCGCUUCUUGGAAGGGAAGGACAAGGACUUCAACUACAGCGAGGUGGACGAGAACCCCGACUAUGACAACCUGGACAUCGUGAGUCGCGAUGCAGAGGAGCGCUACUUUGACGAAGAUGAUGAUGAUGAGGAGGAGGAGGAGGAGGAGGCGGCGAUGGAAUAGCCCUGGAAAUACACUGAAACUGAUUAAAAAGCCUGUAAAUACCAUAGUGUGUAAUUACGAUUACUGAUCAGUUUUUAUGAAUCAUUUUCUGUGAAGGUUCAGUGAUACAUUAUACACACCUGUCUCCAUAGACUGCUGAGAUUUCCUAAAAUAAAGAUACAUUUUACAUAAAGUGUUGAUUCAUCUUCAUCGCUUUUGCUUAUU